GUGUGAUUUAUCUUCUCUGUUCCAUAGGCUACUUCAGCUUCUGCCACUGCCAACACCUCAGCAAUCACUAAAAGUCUAGAUUUUGCCCUAAUUCCUGUAACUAAUCAAAUCAGAGAAGAAGCAUGUGAGAUAUUGGUGAUGGUCUCAGCUUGAAAUCCCCACUCACAAUGGUGCAUAUAUUGGUCAGAAAGAUCCAAGCCACCAACAUGUUCUUCUCCUCCUGGGUCUUAGUCUUCUUGGCAGUAGGAAUCAUCAUAGAAGAAUGGGCUGAACUGAAGUUGGAACCAAAAAAACCUAGGAUAAGCCACAGUCCAUGGAUAUGUUGUACUUCUGUUUGGCCAGAAGGUGGCCUGGAAGUGGUUAGGAACAUGCUGAUUUUGGUCCUCAACCUUUCCUUCCUCCAUAACUUGUUCCUGGGUUUUGAAUUCACCUACAUGAUUCCUCAAACUAAACAUAUUCUCGUUAUGACUGCCUGCCUAGCUUUCCUCACAGGCAUCCUUCUGCUCUGUGCACUCCUACUGUAUCAACAAAUGAUAAGUCAAGGUGAAUCCGUGUACUACUCUAGUUACAAGAUCACCUGGAUCAUUUUCACUGCCUACUUAAGCGUUUUCUUCUUAAUCGUCUCUGGAUUCCUCUCUCUCCUACAGCACAAGCAGUCCGUUGAUAGCUCUGCCAGCCUGACCACUAUGCCUAAAUCUGCCAGAGAAAGUCAGGUUAUGGAGCAAUCUGGGGCUUCUAUCAAAGUUAUUUCAUUACCAGCAAGCACUGCAAUGCCUCACAGUAUUGUCCGUGUGCACUCCGCACAAACAAAAGAAGAUGCUCCAGAAAGACCACAAGUCCAAGCACGUCAUGUAACCUGGGCUCUAUGAUCUGACAAUUUAUCUUUCAGUAUAUGUUCAUCUUAAUGGAAACAGUUUGUGCAUAUGUGGUGUGUCUAUGUCCAACCGUAUUGUCUGGUUUGGCAUUAUGUGAAUGACUGUGACUGGUUUGGGGUCUAUAAGAAGAUCCAGAAGGCUUAAAAAAAAUGUUUUUUACCCUGACCAGCUUCUAUUUGUUCUCACCAUUUAAUAACAUCUGUUAUUAAUAUAAUAAAUAUUAUCUUAUAGCUGA